UGUGUUCGGUUGUAGGACGCGAGGCAGAGGGACGGGGCGAAAUGCCCAGGGUUUAUAUCGGCAGACUGAGCUACCAAGCGAGGGAGAGGGACGUCGCCAGGUUUUUCAAAGGCUAUGGGAAGAUACUCGAAGUGGACCUAAAGAACGGGUAUGGGUUUGUGGAGUUUGACGACCCCCGCGAUGCGGAUGAUGCGGUGUACGAGCUGAACGGCAAAGAGCUGUGCGGUGAGCGGGUGAUUGUGGAGCACGCCAGGGGACCGCGCCGCGACGGAAGCUACAGUUCAGGGCUAAGCGGUUACUCAUACCGGCGCAGUGGGAGGGAUAAGUAUGGGCCGCCCACCCGCACAGACUACCGGCUGAUCGUGGAGAACCUCUCCAGCCGCUGCAGCUGGCAGGACCUGAAGGAUUACAUGCGGCAGGCCGGGGACGUGACGUACGCAGACGCCCACAAGGGACGUAAAAACGAGGGGGUGAUCGAGUUCAAGUCGUACGCGGACAUGAGGCGGGCGCUGGACAAGCUGGAUGGGACCGAGGUGAACGGCAGGAAGAUCCGGCUCAUAGAGGACCGGCCCGGGUCCCGGCGCCGACGGUCUUACUCCCGCAGCCGAAGCCGGUCCAGGUCUCGCUCGAGAAGCAGGCGUUCCCGUCGGAGCCGCAGUGAGAGCAGCAGGAGCAGCUCCAGCGCCUCACGCUCCAGGUCGGGCUCCCGGUCGCGGAGCCGGGGUCGCGGACAGGGGGGUGACGAGAAGGCCAAGAGCCGCAGCGGGAGCAGGAGGGAGGGGAGCGACCGAGGCCGCAGUCAGAGGGACACCGGGAGGCACGGCAAAAAGAGCAGCGGCGACCACUCCGGGUCCCAGUCCAAAGCGGAGAGCAAGGAGCGCCUCGCAAGGUCCGCAGCCGAGACUCGGGGGCGGGAGGAGGCCGGAGACGAGGAGAGGGGAGAUCGCUCUCGAUCGGCGUCUCCCUCCGGGUCUGAGCCCCGGGGCGAGAACCUGUCCCCCCCUGCCUCCUCCUCUUCCUCCUCCAAAGCCAGGUCGCGCCCCCCCUCGGCCUCACGCUCCGAUUCCCGCUCCCAGUCUCGCUCCCGGUCUCGAUCGUAGUCCUGAGUUUCCCCCC